AUGUUCACAAUGAAGCUAUCGGCGUGGCUUCUACUUCCCUCUGCCGUGAUCUGGGGGCUUUCAAAUCUAGUCACGGCGGUGAAGUUCACGCAGGACUCAACCGCUGGCGGUGGGCUCCAGUUGGAGCACAGCGCCAACGAGUCACUUCUUUCGGUCCGCGCGGGCGCGGUCGGUCAUCUCCAGUCCGAGAACAGCGUCAACGAGUCACUCUCGACCGCUUUGAUCCUUCGUUCCUCGCGAGUAGCCGAGGAUUCCAAUUUUUCGGAUCAGGACCUGGAUGCUGUGGUGUCUGCCAAGAUCUUCCACGACAUUGGCGACAACUUCGCGAAAGUUGCAAACUCGCUCAAGGCCGCGGGCUUGGAAGUGGGGAAAGCAGCCGCCAAUGCAGCCAUGGUGGUAGGGGACCAUGUCAUCGAAGCCGCGAUGACCAAAUUUGAUGCCUUACAGGGGCCCAUCAAAGAUGCCGCCAACAGGAUUGGCCAGCACGCCAUCGCAAUGGGUGAGGAGAUCCAGGCUGCCGGGGAAGCGGUCGGCGAGGGCGUCGUGGAUCUGGCUGGGGAUGCUUUGGAUCAUGCACAGAAGUUCGCCGCAGAAGGAGCCAAGCUGGCCAACAAAGCCAAACAGGCCAUCGAAAAUGCGGCCGGGAGUUUUGCAGACAAAAUGGUGAAGCUCGGCCCGCUUGUGGCCGGAUUGGCCGCAGAAGCCUGGUCGCACAUCGCGAAGUUCUGGGAAUGCAUGGAUGCUACCGAAUUGUUGUGUACAAUUUUGAUCGGCAACCAUUGCGAUUGCAGUCGCGGAAAAAGCAGCGUCAGCUUCAACAAUGGGUUGACCGUGAAGUGCGUCAUGAGCAAAACCGCCGAUUUGUCCGGCGGCUUCGGUUUCUCAGCCAAGCCCGGAGAGAUGUUCGGCGGGAAGUCGAAGAACGGCAAGCUGCAGCUCCCGACAGGAAAAGAAAUCAAGCAGGAGUUUAGGGACAUGACGAAGAAGCUGAAGAAGGAUGCACGUAAGGCUUUGAAGCCCAGGACUUCGCAAGCUCCCACCGGAACUUGCGAGACAAGUAUGGACUUGGCCUUCGAUGGCCUUAUGCAGGCAGACUUGACCAUUGAGAUGAGCACCAAGGGCAGCAUCACAACGAUGGGAAUCUCGGGAACGGUCCGCGUCUCGCUGGACGGACUCGUGAAAGCCCAAGGAAGUUGCUCCCUGAAUGCAGAGAAGUGGUUUCCGGAGAAGCCCAAGAAGAAGGUGAUCUGCUACAAAGGCUUUUGCAUCAUCCUCCUGCUGCAGGGUGUCGCCGAGCUCGAGGUAAAUGGAGUCCUCACGGGAACGCUCGACUUGGGUGCCGACGUCGACUUUGACAUCUCCGGCUCGGUCACCGUGGACAAGACUACCGGCCAUGCCGAAGCGAAGUUCGAGACUCCGAAAAUCAAGCGGCAGGUGUCCUUCGGCCUUGGGGCGAGUGCCUUCGCGUCUGUGCGAGCGGGCGUGGGGCCGUUCAUCACGGUCUUUCCGGUCCCCGGCGUGCCCGUGAAUUUCAAUCCCAUGCUGAACCUGGAAGCCAGGGCCCAGGGCGACAUCAAGUUUGAACCGCCUCCGGAGAGCGUCUUCAUGAUCCAGGACUGCAGUCGAUGGCCUUGCACGCCGUGUUUCAAUGGAGAAGCUGACGAUGGUGAUGCCAGUGCCGGUCCUGGGGUCAGAUAUGUUGCCUGGGAGGGAGGAUCAGGUGUGAGGCAAACAUACGUAGAGACUGUAACGUUGCUCGUGGCAGAGGGAUGCGAUGUCGGCUUUGGCCUGAUAUG